CAUAUCUUAUAUGUAGGAUAUUGCACAAAGGUAUUUUAACCAUUUUAUCUUGAUUUGUUUACUCGUAAUGUGCAUUCAAAAGACUGCUAAACGCUUAAAUGAAAAAUCUAGAUAGGUUGUUUAUUUUAGUUGACGUACAUCCCCGAAAAAUCUGAAAUCGAAAAUAAAGUCAUGAUGGCAGAAUAUCAGUCAUUGAAAACGUUCUGUUUACAUUCAAAUGUUCAUUGUUAUGAGUCAAUGUACACACAGAAUCUCGGUAAUGUUUUGAUUGAGUCAAAUGGAUUGGUUCAGCUCUCAGUAGUAAACUACAAGUGACAUUUAUAGUAGCUUUUGAACUUGUGAAAGUCAAAAUGAAAUGUUUUGGAAUCGAACUAUUUGUUUUGAUUUUGUGUUUCAAAAAAGCAGAGAGUGGGUUUUUCUUUGGUUCCAGGCUGUUAAACUGGGAAUCAGCACGUGACGAUUGUCAGACUCGAGGUAAGCGGUUGGCCUGUCUGAGGAACGUAACCAUGUAUAACGCAGCAAAAUCCUAUCUGCAGAAUACCAUCGGCAGUUCAAGCUUGUCAAAUGACAUAUGGAUUGGACAACGGACACUCUUUGCAUUACCACCCUACAUCUACAAGUGUAUGGAUAAUGAGCCAGCCGAAUACACUCCCUGGAAUUCAAAUUUUGAUGAGCCGAAUGAACAAAAUACCGACCUGUGUAUUAGAAUAUACAGAGUAUCAAUUACCUACGGAACGUGGGAGUGCUUAGACAAAAAUCACUAUUUAUGUGAAGAUGUGCCUGUAAAUGGCAAUUGGUCGGAAUGGACCACGUGGUCUGCUUGCAGUGUCACCUCUGGUGACGGAUCUCAGUCUCGAUUUCGAUCCUGUGAUUCUCCACCCCCGUCCAACGGCGGCACUGAUUGUAUGGGAGUAAAUACCGAGGACAAGUUUUGUAAUGUAGUCGUUCCAGUUGAUGGAGUUUGGUCUGUUUGGGGUGAAUGGUCGAACUGCUCUUUUGUCAUGUGUGGUGUUGGAAAUCGAACGCGCUCCAGGUCAUGUGACUCCCCUCCGCCGUCAGUUGGCGGUAAAAACUGUGAGGGGGAGCCAGAGGGGAGCGAGGGAUGUGAUGACCUAGUCUGUUCAUCAGAUGAAUAUUGGAUUUGUAGUCAUUUUCAAGAAAUAACCCCCGUUGUUUUGCAAGAAAAAAUUGAAGAAAUGAUUAAAACAUUGGCAGUCAAUAAGAGCACUCUUUCGUCGGAAGUGCGCAGGAAGACAUGCGCAGAAGAUCCAAGGCCGUCAUCAAAAUACAUGGGAUUAGUAGCAAUUGUAUUUCUUGGGGUGUCUUUUGGACUUCUCUUUAUGGUAGACUUUUCUUCAUCUUUGAAAUUGUGUUUUAAAAAAUAUUUAUAGUCCUCUUAAUGCAAUAAUUACUUCAGUCAACGCAAAAUACAAUAAGUAAUUUGGAUUUGAGCUAAAUGUGUUUAAACACACACAAAUCAUUUAGGAAUACAUUAAUUGAGGAAACCUAUUGUAAGAGAUUUAUUAUUUUAUUUUGAUAUGUUGGUUUGAAUAUAUAUAUGCUUAUUCUUUCUGUAAAUAUAAGUCUACAAGCAAAUUUUGUAAAAACAAGGAAUUCAAAUAUGUUCUUAAAGAGACACUACUGCUCAGUUUGCGAAAAUUCCAUGAAAAGACAACUUUCGCAUAACUUAAUUGAAUUUUUCUGUGAAGUUAAAAGGAUGAACUUUGCAAAACUUAUGCUUUGUAAAAUCUAAAACUUCCCAAUUUAUCGCUAAAACUAAUAAGAAUUUUGACGUUUUAUUUGUCAUGAAUGAUCCUGUGUAUGAAUGAUCUUUACUACUUGUUAUAUGAAUUCGGUCAAUUAAUGAACCUCAAAUUGCUGUCAUUCAAAAUCACUUGAUGUAAAUAAAAAUGUAAAGUUCGAGUCGAUAUGAUAUAAAAAUUCCGGUAAAUCUUGAACACAAAUAUGAAGGCUUGAUAAUGCAUUAAAAAGAUUCGAACUUUCAGAACAUGCACAACUUCUAUUCGUUUAUAGAAAUGAGCUUAAAAAAGAAAUAAUAAAGAUGAGGAAAAUUAGCCGUAAUAUCUUGAACUUUAUUGGGAAUAAAUUUGUUUGUCGUGUUCACUUAUUCUAUUCAUAUUCAAUUCCAAGUACAGCAUUCUUGUCAACCGAACCAUAUAGCAUGUAGCUGUACUUUGUCAAUUGUACAUCUUUAUAUGUUAUAACCUAUGAGAACAUUGUAUGCUCAUAUCGAAGUCAAUGUGUUUUUAUAAUACAUGUAGUUAUUGUCAUAAACUGUACAUUUGUUAAGCUCUCUUUUUUAAAAAUGAUAAUCCUGGAUAUUCCACUCGGCUGUAACUGAGGAAUAAAAUAUUAUUAUCGUGAUUUGUAACUUAAAUACAAUUACCAAGGUCAAUUAGAAUGUGACCACAUGUAAUAAUUUAUCAACAUCUCUGUGACUCGAGUCACCUCAAGCAAUAAAUGAUUAGUUGACUUAAUUUAAGUUAUACAUUUAGUUUAAUUGAUUUUUGAGUUUUAUUCUUAAUUCUAACAAGGCUUAAACAAUCAAAUAAUCUGUUGAAUAAAUGUAGUUUUUUUU